GAUUUCAUACGUGUCUUUAUCCUAUCUGUAGCACCUAUGAGAUGGUGGUAGUAGGACAAGGCGCGCCUCGUGCAACAACGCGUCGACAAAGGUCAUCUGACCAUUGAUCAUUUCUACACCUAACCCUAUCAUCCUUCUCUUCCACCAUGACCGAGGAAACUCAGGAAAGUGCAGCAUGUCCUCUCGUAGACACCGACAGUGCUGUCCAUGAUCCCCUUAAUCCAGCGACAUUUGUACCACCUAGCUCUCUAUCAGCACCCAAUGUCACGAUCGAAUUUUGCGAUAGAUGCCGCUGGCUACAUCGAGCAACUUGGGUAUCAACGGAACUCUUCCUUACAUUCCCUCCACCGAUAAUAAAGGGCAUUUCAAUUGUUCCUCUCAACUCGGAUCAAACAGGUGGCCGGUUCCGUGUCUGGUUGUUUUCCGAUAGUGGAGAUUCACAUUUGGUUUGGGAUCGCAAGGUGGAAGGUGGAUUUCCUGAGCUGAAGGUCCUGAAACAACGUAUCCGGGAUCAUAUACAGCCUGGUAAACAUUUGGGUCACUCCGACAAAAAACAGCCAAGCUAAAGCUGUAGUAUUUUUUUAUUGUCUGUAUUGUUACAUACUCUAUACGAAUAGAAAUCCUGUACUUAUAGAUAUCUCAAUC